AUGGGACAUCUCGCGAUCUUGGCAACGUGCUCCCUCAACCAGUGGGCCCUCGAUUUCGAAGGCAAUGCCGAACGCAUUAUCGAGAGCAUCCGAAUCUCGAAAAAGGCCGGCGACACCUACCUCCACUCCUGGGAGAUGCUCGUCAAGAUCAUCUCACACAACGACUGCCAGGACAUCCUCCUCGACAUUGGAAUGCCCGUCGGCCACAAGAAUGUCCGCUACAACUGCCGCAUCAUCGCCUACAACAAGAAGAUCCUCCUCAUCCGCCCCAAGCUCUACCUCGCCAACGACGGCAACUACCGCGAGAUGAGGUACUUCACGGGCUGGGGCAGGGUCAAGUAUGUAGAGGAGUACUAUCUGCCAAGGAUGGUGGCAGAGGUGACGGGGCAGAGGAAGGUCCCGUUUGGGGAUGCGGCCAUCUCGACGCUGGAUACGUGUAUUGCGGCGGAGACCUGCGAGGAGCUGUUUACGCCGAAUAGUCCACAUAUUGGUAUGUCGCUAGAUGGGAUUGAGAUCAUGACCAAUUCCAGCGGAAGCCAUCAUGAGCUACGGAAGCUCAAUACGAGAAUCGAGUUGAUGACUGAGGCCACCAAAAAGUGCGGCGGCAUCUACCUCUACGCCAACCAACAAGGCUGCGACGGUGACCGCUUGUACUACGACGGCUCCGCGAUCAUUGGUGUCAACGGCCGCAUUGUCGCCCAAGGCUCCCAAUUCUCCCUAAAAGAUGUUGAAGUUGUAACUGCCACUGUGGACCUUGAAGAAGUGCGCAGCUAUCGCUUCGCACCCUCGCGGGGCCAACAGGCGGUUCAGAACACGCCAUACCCACGUAUCGAGGCGGAUAUGAGCAUCUCUGCCGAAGGCUCCAUAGUGGAUCUCUCCAUCAAGCCCACAAAGGCCAUCGACGUACGUUUCCACACCGCCGAGGAAGAGAUCGCGCUGGGCCCGGCCUGCUGGCUGUGGGACUACUUGCGCAGGUGUGGUGGUGUUUCAGGGUACUUUUUGCCGCUGAGUGGUGGCAUUGAUAGUUGUGCUACUGCAACGAUUGUGCACUCCAUGUGCAGGCUUGUUGUGGAGGCCUGUGAAGCUGGGUCGGAACAGGUUAUUAAGGACGCCCGCCGAAUCACGGGAGAGCCAGAGGACUCCACAUGGGUGCCUAAGACGCCCCAGGAGCUUGCGGGUCGUAUCUUCCACACUUGUUUCAUGGGUACCGAGAACUCGAGCAAGGAGACACGCCAGCGCGCCAAGGAGCUCGCGGAGGCAAUCGGGGCGUACCAUGUUGACCUGAACAUGGACACGAUUGUUACCUCUGUGCGAGACCUCUUUGCGUUUGUGACGGGCAAAAAACCUGUUUUUCAAGUCCAUGGUGGCUCGAAAACCGAGAACUUGGCGUUGCAGAAUAUCCAGGCAAGGUUGAGGAUGGUCUUGGCGUAUUUGUUUGCGCAGUUGCUGCCCUGGGUACGGGGAAAGCAAGGUGGAUUAUUGGUCCUAGGGAGUGCGAAUGUCGAUGAAUGCCUCCGCGGCUAUCUGACCAAAUACGACUGCUCGAGCGCCGAUAUUAAUCCCAUUGGUGGCAUCUCAAAAACGGACUUGAAGCUCUUCAUCGCCUACGCACGGGACAAGUUCGAAAUCCCUAUUCUGCAUGAUUUCCUCACCGCCGUCCCCACUGCCGAGCUCGAGCCCAUCACAAAGGAGUACGUCCAGUCCGACGAGGCAGACAUGGGCUUCACCUAUGACGAACUCUCCAUAUUUGGUCGUCUGCGCAAGAAUGAUAAACUGGGUCCAUGGGGCGCGUUUAAUAAGCUCCUCCAUGAGUGGAGUGACCACAUGAGCCCCAGGCAGAUCGCAACGAAGACGAGGAACUUCUUCUUCUAUUAUGCAAUCAACAGGCAUAAGCAGACGGUGCUGACACCCUCGUAUCAUGCUGAGCAAUAUAGUCCGGAUGAUAAUCGCUUCGACUUGAGGCCGUUCUUGUAUCCGGCGUUUAGCUGGCCGUAUAAGAAGAUUGAAGAGACGGUUGCGGCUCUUUCGGCGAGGGAGAAGAAGGACUAG